AUGAGGAACCCGCGGGAGCUCGCAGACCGUUCAAGGUAUUGCCGAUUUCACCGACAGCACGGACACAACACUGAACAGUGCUACGAGCUGAAGAGGCAAAUCGAGGAGCUCAUCCUCAGAGGACACCUCGGCCAGUACCUCCGGCCGAACAAGGGGCAGUCACCUCGACCGGAGGGCCGCGUCGAGCGCCACAUCGAUGUGAUAGCCGGGGGCCCUGCAUUAGGGGGAGGCUCCAUGUCGGGCAGAAAGGCGUAUGCCCGAGCCGCCCCUGACGAAGCCCCGGGACGCGAGCCCGAGCCCGAGAUUACCUUCCCAACCGGAGCUUCCGAGCGCCCCGACCACGACGACGCCUUAGUGAUAUCGGCCAGGGUAGCCAACGCGCAAGUAAGGAGAAUCAUGGUCGACACGGGGAGCUCGGCCGAUAUACUUUACUUCGACGCCUUCCAGAAGCUGGGCUUGGCCAGGGAAAAUCUGAGCCCGAUGUGCUCGACACUCACCGGUUUCACGGGAGAUUCGAUAUCACCCCUAGGGGCUAUUACUUUGCCCUUGACUCUGGGGACCCCGUCGAGGUCGAAGACGGUGAUGACCACUUUCUUGGUGGUCGACCUUCCCACCGCCUAA